GAUCCCAUUGGCCACUGGUCCGAGCUGUUCUCGGACACUCAUUGCGGUCCCUGUGAAAGAAAAGAUGUUUCCCUGCGAAAACGUAAGAAGAGGUCGGCACAAGUGAUCUGUUUGCCAUGGCCAAAUCCACACGAACACCACUACUCUGAUCGUCCAACUCUCUAUCCAAAUCUUAGAGAAAGCAACACAUCCUCAUCAUCCCAUGGCUGGCAAACUUGACGGUGGCCAUCCUCACCGUCUCGCUGUUCAUGCGCUGUGGCCGGGCGCGGGGCUACUGCCGAAGCGCCUCGAUCGCGUACAAGCAAGCAACAGGGGGUGGCGAUCGUCGCACUCGGACGAGAACAUUUUGUCAAACACCUAGAAGACGUGUGACAAGCUGAUCCUGUUGCCUUGAAAGUGCGAUGGGGUUUUGGGUAGACAUCAUUGCCGUUGCAGCGAUCGCCGUCGGUUUCGGUUAACCCGGAUCGAACCCCAGACGAGCAGAUCCCAUGUGUAAAGCUCGACCGCCUUGUUGAACGUCGCACGGUCUUGAACGCACACGUAAAUAGCGCGCGACAGAGAGAGAGAGAGAGAGAGUGAGAGAGACGGCGGACUGGGUGAAGGCCGAUGCCUCCGAUUUCGGUGGGAAUGAUUCGUUGCUCGAAGGUAAUGGAUUGCCCGUCUCCUUCUUCUUCGCUCCUUCGCCGGUUCGUCUCUAUGCGCUUGAGAAUCUUCUCACGCUCCCAUGGCUGCACUGGCCGUACAGCGGUCAGCAUGGUCGCUGGGAUUCUUGGGUACCUUAAACCUCCUCUCUUGUCGAGAUGCUGCGCUUCCGCUGAUAAAUUUGUGCCUUUACAUGCCAUAAAUUGGGAGAAAUUCUGUUGCAUCUUCUUGAUCUUGGUCGUUGAUUUAUAAUGAUAACUUGAAUCUUUGCUGGCUAUCUCACUCUAUGUCCAGAAGGAGAUGUGGAGGAGAGGGUGGAACGCAACAAGGCAAAGGUGAAACUCUAAAAGUGGUAGCUACAAAGAGAUGAAAAAUGGAGGAAUAGAUAGUUAAAAAGAUUAGGGUUUAUGAAGUUCUACAUCUUGUUGGAAUUGGGUUUGACGUUCUUGUCCUACCAAAUGUCUUCUUUCCUCAGCAUCUUCUUAAUAUUUAUCUCUUUCGACUUGUGUAACUUAUAAUUAAGCUGACUGCUUCUAAUGUGUUGCUGAUAAUUUUUUGCCAUGUGUGUGAUAGUCCUUGAACUUGUCACUAAUUUAGAAUAGGUAGGACAAUUGGUAGACUUACAUUUUGAUGCUUCUUUUAGUCCUUGAGAGAUGUUUGUCGAUGUAUUAUGAGAUUACCUGGAUCUAUCUGUGGGAUAGUUGCUGCUCUAUUGAUUCACUUUGCCUUCUAAUCAGAGUUGUAGAGUAUAAUUGCAUACAAGAUGGGUUAUCUCCAUCUGUAAUUGUUUCUUAUAUUGCAUACUCUGCUUUCUCGGUAUGUUCAUAUUGUCUGUAUUCCUUUUAUGUGGCUUGUUUUUGCAAGAAUAACUUUUAUGUAGCUCUGUAUAAACUAGUAUUAGUAAUUUCUGCUUUUUCGACUUGUAUAGAAUAAAUUAUGGUUUACUCCUGAAUGUAAUGGUAGCGGUCUUGAUGGGCAAAUAGAGCCCCAGUUCCAGAGUGUUCCAAGUUGCUGUUGCAAUUGGCCGCAACAUGCUUUCUCUCUCUGUUUAUAUUGUUGUUGGAGCUAGGCUAUUAAGCUGUACAUCAAUUCAAAUAGCUUGCUCUUUUCAAUUACUUUUCAAGUUUCAAAUAGCUUUGUUGGAGCUAUGCUUUGUAAAUGUCAUCAGAGAACUAUGCAAAAUUUCUGUGAUGCUUUUAAACGAGAACGAACAAUCUCUUGAAUUGUCAUCAAGCCUGGCUGGAGAAUCAUGUUCUACCAGGGAUUAUUCACAUACAUCCAGGUACUUUUAAUCUUUAUUAGAUGAGUUCUUGUUGACAUUUCUUCUAUAUGUGGGGUUAAGUUACUGGUUUGGAAUAUUUAGUACUUCUUGACCAUUAAAAGAUCAAGCACAAGUUCAAUCCAGCUGUAGUAGUAGUUCAUCAUCUGCAAGUUCUUUUCUUAAUUAGCCACUUCCACUUGUUCCUUAACUAGAAUUUAGUGGUUCUUUUUCCUAUUUGGCUAAAACUUCAGGAUAUCGAAAUAGUACUUAUAGCUGGUGUCUUGAUAACAGUACCAUUCUGCAAGGUCUAGAUUUUUUUUUUCUUUGCAUUAAUGACCUAAGAUGUAUCUGAGUACUGAAAAUUCUGGCUUCAGAUCAGAUGCACCUAUUAUAUUGUAUGCAUAUAACUGCUAUUUGUUUCCUUUUUUACUUUUUCUUGUGGUUAUCCUGUAUCCAGAUUAUGCUUGUUGUAAGGAUCUGCUAGUCAGGUGCUCUAUUUUUACACUUCUUAAACCAUCAAAUCUCUUUAGUUUAUCAUUAGAUUUUUGUUUUUUUUAUAUAUUUGUAAAUCUUGUUGAGCAGAUUCUCCAUGAAGCCAUGGUAUUGCAAACUUAGGCUGAUAAAACCUGAAAGACGAUCCACCUGCUGAAUAUUGAUCACUCUUUAAAAUGGAAGAGGAUAUCUUAUAUCUGUUAUGUCAUCAACCACAGCAGAUCUCACCCAUCAGAAGGAACCAUCUUUUUUCUAUCUGAAAGUGCUUCCCAGUUACGCUGUUUCCAGUGUGAUCCAUCUAUAAAUUCUCGGAUGUACAUGGACAACACUCCCAAGCUACUGGAUGUGUACAAGUACUUGGAAGUUAGGUCUGCCACUACCGCAUAAAUGAGGUAAUUCUUACUUCUCAAUUAAUGCAUUUUGUCUGAAAUGGUUACAUAAGUUUGAAAUAAUAAAAAUCCUGAGAUACUACUGUCAGGCUUAUUUUGAAUUGUGUGAUUGGAGUGUCACUUGAACUCUGUAAACGGGACAUAAAGUUAAUGAAACACACAUGGUUCUGUAGGAUCAAAUCCUUGGAGAAGGUGGAAUUCAUGUAAUUGAUUUAAAUAAGAAUGAUUCCAAAGCCAUCAUUUCUCUUGUCAUUAGUUGUAGUUGAAGUCCUGGGUUCUUUUUGGCUAUUGGUAAACUCAGCUGAGUGGUGAAAGAUUAAUUUUGUUGACUCCCUUAGGUCAAUAACAUCUAUGCCGCCAUGAUUCUAAGCAAAAAAAAAAAAAAGAUCAAACCUUGGUCCAAGGUGCAAGGAUUAAUAGUAAGAUUCUUGGACAAUAGAACAACACACAGUUGUUACAUUGUAUUCCUUUCCACGAAUCGUCCUUUUCCUUCACAAAGGUUGUUAAGCAAACAAAGUACGGAAACAUCAUAAUGGUGCUGAAGGAAGCAGUGCUCGAAUACUUCUCAUCUUUUUUGUCUCUGAGCUUUGUCACCAACCUCAGUGAUGGAGAAUACUCUGCAUUACUAAUAACAUUAUAAUUAAAUAGAUCAUCUUGAAUUAUUUAUGUUUUUUUCUUUUUACUAUUCAUAUAGGAGGUUAAUAUUUGUAAUGAUACAAGCACAUGAGUUUUGUCAUACCCUCUUGUGUUCAUCUAUUUACUAUUGUUUAUUAUUAUUAUUUUUUUUAUUGUUGUAGUUGUUGAAAUAUAUGCUCAGUAUUUUAAUCGUUUGACCUCUUGGUGAACAUUAUGCCCCUUUUUUUUUUUUAAUUCACACAUGCAUCAUGAUGGUGGUUGUUGACGGAGAGUGGGGGCCUCUGAAUGCGAGCUGGAACCAGUUCCCUCCCACUGGAUUCUGUCGCUCUACAAAGUGGCAGAUUGAAGCAAAGUCCAAAGCAAGGCAUGACAGGGAGAUGAGAAAGCAGAGAGGGGCCGAGGGGAGCAACUGAGGUGUCAAAUCACGGAUCAGCUGCAACCACAGUGGCUACUGUUUUGGCUACCCCGUCUCUGCCAUGGAGGAAGAGAUGAUGCAACGGCGAUGGCAGACGAGACGCCCCUGGCAACAUCUCUUUAUCUCGCCAUGUUCGCCCAUUAUGAACCUCAUUUACUGCUCGUGAAAUAAUUGGCCAUGCUUUUUCUCACCUACAUUGGUGAGAAAUAAUCUUCGAGACUGGACCGGUAGAUGGAGACCGUCGUGCGCAUGCACCUGUUCAAGAAUGCAAUCUGAAACAUGCUGAUGGAUGGACGCAGAAGAAGAAGAAGAAGAAGAGCACAGUAGAUUAAAGUUAAAAGAGGCCUCUCUGCAACGUGAUGAAUAAUUGUCCGUGAGCCGGCUGAGUCUGCCACCAAUGUCUCCAGCUCAGGUCAUUCAUGGCAGCCAUAGGCAAACUGUAUCUGGGCUGAUCAGAUCCAGCUCUUAUCCCCUUGGAUUGACGACUUGGACCACAUAAACAUGAGAGUCAUGUGUGCAAUGAGUGCAGAUACUGAUGUAGCUACUGCAGGUCAAAGGGUUCCGGUUCAAUAAAGAAAUACCAAUCAUGGAGCCAUGGAACCUGCAUCGGCUGAUUGAAUUCGACGCCUUCAGAAAUGGUUUCUGCUCGAGCGAAAGGGGGGGUUCCAAGACUCAUAAUAGAGACAGGGACCAGUCCUUUUGAGACCCACUGCAAGUACUACUGUCUCACCAGCUGUUGCACUCUGGUAGUGGCAAGGUUCAGCAAGCAGUGGCUUCCUUCAGCCACCUCCUGGCUUGCUCUUCCCGAGGCUUGUCACCUUUUUGAUAAAGACAACAGGUGUCUUCUCUCUUUCUCUGUCUCAUGCUCCUCGCUCUCUCCUCCUCCUCCUCAUUAUUAUUAUUAUUAUAUAUUAUUGUAUCAGUCAUCACUUGCCAAACUAUAUCUUCUCACCUCAUCAAUGUGUGUUUGUGGAUCUUUGUCUGCUGCCUGUCCUUGUCGUUAACUCCAUGUGAGACAGCUCUUGUCAGCCAGUAGUUGUGUUUUACAGUGUGAGGAGGAGGAGGAGGAGGAGGCCGUUAAGGUAACUUCGCUUUCCAAGAAAAAGGAAGCAGAUCUGUUACAGACCUCUCCCGAAGAGACAGAUCCUCCUCUCAGUUCUUGCAGUAAACCUACCUCCAAUAAACCUCUCCUAACCUCCUCAUCCCACCGAACAACCCAAGACCAGCAGCCACUAUAAAGUGCAACCACCGAAGGAGAUCGAGUGGAGGCAGAGCCAUUUCCUUCUUCCUGACUCCUUUGUGUGACUUCAUGGAUUCCCAUCGAUGGAGUGAGCGGCAGCAGACGGACCGGCAGCCUUGUGCAGGGCUCCCAAAACUCCACCUCCUGGAUCAGCAGCAACCACCUGCCUCUGCUCUCAGUCUCUUUGCACCCGAGCCCUGCAGCGGCUUCCAUAAGACCACCACCACCACCAUCGCCACCCCUUCACUCUCUUCAUUCCCAAGGAUAGGUUAUUUCACUCUGGCACAGUGGCAGGAGCUGGAGUUGCAAGCUUUGAUCUACAAGUAUAUGAUAGCUGGAGUUUCUGUUCCUUUGGAACUUAUUCUGCCCAUCAAAAGGAGCCUUCUCAGUGCAUCCCCAUACUACCACCAUCCUGAGCUCUACCAGCAUCUCCAACCAUCUUUGAUGCAGGGAGUGUCCUGGGGGAGAUGUUCUGUGGACCCUGAGCCUGGGAGAUGCAGGAGAACAGAUGGAAAGAAGUGGAGAUGCUCAAGAGAAGUGGUGGUAGGUCAAAAGUACUGCGAGCGUCAUGUGCAUCGAGGCCGAAACCGUUCAAGAAAGCAUGUGGAAAUCCCCACACCGACUUCCCUCAAUGGCUUGAAAACUGGCGUUUCUUCUCCUCCUCCAGAAUGUGCCCAACACAACCAUUUCGAUCUAUCUGGAUCUCGUGACAUCCUUCCUCUUAGUCAGAGACACCCAGACACAAGAACAGUAACAGUUGGAAGGAGCUUCCAGAGCAACUGUUCAAACUUCUUCCUUAAGGAGCUGCAAGACAGCAAACCCGAAGGCUAUGUGCUACAGAGGUUCUUUGAUGAAUGGCCGAGAUCACAGCAAGAGUCGGACGACGGGCUUAACUACACCAGCCAUCCAGCUUCGACUACCCAUCUCUCUAUGUCACUCCCCGGCAACCCAUCCUCGGAUUUCUCCCUGAAACUUUCCACAGGCAAUAACGGUGAGAAGCAGAGACCCGAGGAGGGCAGCAGCAACGGCGGGGAGGACGGUCGGGUGGUCCGACCUAGCAACAACUGGUCGGGAUGGGGCCACCAUGGGGAGGAGGCUUCCAUGGGUGGCCCGCUGGCUGAAGCGCUGCGGUCUGCAGCCUCGACGCAGUCGCCGACCAGCGUCUUGCACAAGCCAAAUGGGUCGGUAUCCGAGACCAGUAGCAUUAGCCCAUGAUAAACUAGUCUUAGGUUUGUUGAACCAAUGACUAUGAAUUAUUUUAUUUGCCUUGAAAGCUAGCUGACAUCAGACUAGUCUUUGUUCGCUGUAACAUAUAUGGUAUCCCUCUUGAGAGUCGGGGUCUGCAUGCAAUUAAAAUUGAUGACCUUCUGGGUGUUCA